ACUUCCUAAGGUUGGGACUAACUGCUUUGAGUUGGAUGCUUUCCUGCACUAAAACUGGAUUUAUGUGGAAAUUACUCUGAAAUGAUCACAGACAGCUUCCUUAUAAAUAAAGGCUUUUUAGAUUAGAUUAGAAAGGGGGAUUACUCAGAUAAAACCAUAAAUUGUAAAAGAGUUUUUUUGUUUCUUUGCUUAAUUUUUGGCUAUAAAAUAGCGGCUUUACAUUUAUUAUCAUCAUCAUUAUUAUUAUUAUUUUAAGCAAACAAUAACAACAAUAUUACACAAACAUCUUUUCUUCUUAAUCUUAUUUGGAGGUGUUGUGUAGGAGGAGUUUGUUUAAACUCGGCGAGACAAGGACUUUUUUCUCCCCUAUAAAAAGAACAUUGGAACCACUCAAUUCAUUGAAAAGCAUCGAAUGAGCCUGACCGCACUGAACAGGAACUCGCGCUGACAAAUGCAUUGUCGCAUGUAGCGAAAGCAUCAAGUUCAGAUGGGUCUUUCCCAAACUCCUGGGAUCUUCAUGGGUUGAAUGUGGAAGCACCAUGCUUUUCACCUCCCAGUCCUUCCUGCCAGCGACUGUGGCUCGUGUCUCUGGACAAGUGUAAGGCAUGUUUAGACUUGCACUUGGGAUUGGACUCCGUGAGCAGUAAGCAGCCACCUGCAGCGUGGAAGGGAACUCCACCUAUCAGCCUGCCUUUGGACCAGAGCGCUGGGCAGUUACUAUGCAGUUUGGACUGGUUGUGGUGGUGGUUUUCCUAAGCUUAAUGGAUUAUAGCAGCAGCCUCAAGGUCUUAAAGGGAAGGAGGCAGAGACGAAUAAGUACUGAAGUGCCCCCUUCUUGUUCGAGGGGGUGUGAGCUAUGCUCAGAAUACAAUGGGUGCCUGAAGUGUUUGCCCCGACUCUUCAUUCUCCUGGAGCGAAAUGACAUCAGGCAAACAGGAGUUUGCUUAGCAUCGUGUCCUGUGGGGUAUUUUGGAGUUCGAAAUCCAGAUAUGAACAAAUGUACCAAAUGUAAAAUAGACAACUGUGAGGCAUGCUUCAGUAGAAAUUUUUGCACAAAAUGUAAGGAAGGACUAUAUUUACAUAGAGGGCGAUGCUACUCCAGCUGCCCAGAUGGGUUCACCACCCCAAAUGGAACCAUGGAGUGCACCAGUGUGGCCCAGUGUGAGCUGGGGGAGUGGGGGCCCUGGGGAUCCUGUACAAAGAAGGGCCGGAACUGUGGCUUCAGGAAGGGCACUCAGAGCAGAAGCAGGGAGCCACUGCAGCCAGCCAGCGCCGACCCGUCGAUGUGCGCUCCGGAAACAGAAAGUCGGAAGUGCACGGUACAGAAGAAGCGUUGCACCAAAGGAGACAGGGUAACGAACAAAAACGAGAAGAAGGACGAGCGGGGGAAUAAAGACAAUAAAGAAACUGGCAAAAGCAAAAGCAAAGAAGGCAAAGCUGGCAACAAAAAGAGGAAGAGCCAGCACCGAGGGACGGCUGCCCCAACGAUCACCCCCAGCAUCAGCCAGUAGCCUCGUGACAGUGUGACCCAGUGGGGUGCUGCUAUGCAUUAAGAUGCUUUCACUGAACUGGAGGAUGGGCUGCAAUAACGAACACUAGAACGACGGACAGAAGGGAGGAAUAUGCAAAGGACUUCAACGGUGAAGCGUGAAACAAUGCAGAGGAAGAGAGUGUUACAGUAUUAAUAUUAGGUACAUAUUGGGCAAAACUGAUGUCAGUGAAGAUCUCUUUAUUGAAGGCUACCAACUGUCCUGAUUUUCCUAGGGCAGACAUGAUUUUAGGUGACAUGUCCUGGAAUCCCCACCAGCGUGUGUUUGUCCUUUUGAAUGGCUGCCUGUUUUUGUACCAUUUUCAAGGCGCACGUGUGCUUGCCCACAGGCUGAGCAGUAAUGAGGCACCACAACAACACCCUCGCAGUGUGGCGUCUGUACUCUUUAUCAGGUGUGCGUAUCUGCGUAUGAACCGAGGAGUUCAUAGAACAGGAGUCAUCAUUAUAGAGAAAUGGCCCCCUUCGUGGUGUGUUGUCACCCUCAACCAAAUUACCCUAGACUGCCCCAACUCUUGAAUACAGAACCUGGCCCUUCUGUAUUCCUACACUCCCUACCCCACCCCCAGUGACAUGUCCUGGUUUUAGGCCAUACAUAGUUGGUAGCCUUAUUGUUGUGAUGUGAUAGAGAAGCAGAGGGAUGAAAAAAAUUCCUUUCACCCAUUGCCUAGGCCUCAUUCAUAGAUGGUUUCAGUUCAGACACUUAGCUCUUUUUAAAAUAUUGACACACAGUGCUUUUGAGAUUCACCUAAAAUAGAGGCAAAGUUCUGCUCAAGUUGUUUAAAGUUAAUGUGAGAUAAAAGUGAUCAGUAUUAAGAUGUUUUUAUUUUUUGAUAAAAAAAAGAAAGGCACUGGAACUCAUUUGUGGUUUGUUGACACAAAAUCAUAUUAUAAUAAACAAAACAUAAGGAAUUGUUAAAAAUUGUUACUGUUGUCAGAAAGAAAAUACCAUAUAACUGCUUUACUGUUUAUUUCCUACAACAUAUUGUACACAAUUUAGUGGGUAAAAAAAACAUAAAAGAAAUGUAAAUAUGUACAGUUGUGCUCUUUGUUGAGCGUCCUGUAUCUGAUUCUGUUGAAAAAAAUAGUUUUGGUAUUUGAGGAGGAAACAAAAAUUGUGAUAAGACACAAUUUUUAAGAUAAUAAAAGGCCUGUGAUAUUAUCUGUAGUCCCACCAGCAGAGUGGAAUGGGCAAGUUCAGACAAAUUGAAUGCCUUUUAUUUUCUAUACUCUACAAAACGUUAUUGAAAAUACAGUUCCUUUAUUAUACAGCCAGUGUCAUGUUAUGCGAAUGUUUGCUUAUGAUUGAAAGGACCAAAUCAUUUUUGUACAUUUUACAAUGUUCUUUACCAGUAUUUGUUCAUCACAUCAUCUGCUUUUAUCGGGAUAAUUUGCUUUACACCAAAUAUUAGUGUAAGAUGGUAUUAUUUUUUUUUCCUAAAUUGGAUUGUGUCACCGAAUGUCGUCUGGGCUCAGUGAGAAAAUAUCUAAUAUUACUCGCAAAUGCUGUAGUAACAGUUAAAGAGGUUUCCAUAUUUACUUUAUCUUAAUAAAAGCUCAAAUACAGUAAACACUUG